AUGGGUCGGGAGAACCUUCAAGAUCCGGAUUUCAUACAGAUAUUAGAUCCACCGGAAGUGGUCUUGAAUGGGAUGUGGCUUACGGUAGAAUACCGCUGUUCAACAGACAGAAUAAUUGGACUUGAAGUAACUGGAAGUGUAGGCAUAGUCAAACAGACUAGAGACCCGGAAAGAAAAUUGUUUAGUAAGGCAUGGAAGUGUAAUCCGGAAAAUAAAAAUAUAAAGAAAAAACGGGUGAGGUUAAAAUUUCCGGAUAGUGUUGCGUUUAGACCCGAUUUAUUUAAUACACGUGUAAAAUUUGUAAAUUCGCCAAAAUUAAAAGCAUGGAAUUUGGAUCCAAUAUGGUGGCCAAACUGCCGGAAGUACCACAAUGCAUUCUGGAGAGCGAAAGUGAAAGUUUCAUAUGAUAUAAACAUGCCUUCUCCAUAUGUUCGACCGUCCAAAGCUGGAUUCAACUCCUGUCCGAAGUGGCCUUUGCUUAUCUUAUCAGAGGUUCAAGUGAAGAAAAUAGAGAUGUGCCGAAAAGAACCAGAAUACAUCCACGUUAUCAACUUCCCUGUUGCAAUUAAUGGACUUUCUUACGGAGUUGUACGGAAAUUCCCGAAGUAUACCGACGAUACUCUAGAAAAUGCACGGAAAAGAUCUUUUAGGAAACCUAUAUUCACCCUGUCUAUGUGGAUCUAUAUACUGGAUUACUGUAAGUUCUCUAGCAAUGGGCUGUGCAGUCUGAUGUAUCACGUGACUUGGAACUCCACAUUCCUCUCUCCACUGGUCUUUAUUAACAGGAAAGGACAGCUACAUAUUCAGAUGAGCCAGGAGAAUUGGCAGACCCUUGCGGCAGUUACCGACCUCACUGUACCUCGCAAGCAGUGGUUCCGGCUUGUACUGUGCUUCGCCGGAAAUGAGUGGAAGUUGACUAUCACACAAGGGAAAUAUUUCAAUGAAACGACUAGAACCUCAUACAAAGUUCCCGGAGUCACAUAUAUGGACGACACGGAGGGACUGUUUGUAUUGGGCGCGUUCGAUUCGAUACCUUCCUUUAAAGGGUAUAUCGGACAGGCGACGUUCUACCGGAACAGACUACGACAGCCUGAGGAGAUACCUCUACCGAGCCCCUAUCACUCAAUGUUUGAGCUAGACCUCUCGCAGAGAACGAUAAGAUGCGAGAGGUUCCAGGAAUGGGUUUACGGUCGUAGCGCUUAUUAUAUAAUGCAGAUGAAAUCUGCACGUCUGUCAGAGCAAUGCCACACGUAUUUCUUUGAGCUUUGGAUGAACAUGACGCUGGAGGACCAUUCCUCAACCCGUUGUGAUAUGUUUGGAGAGCCAAAAUCAAAACUCUACAACUUCAUGGAUCGACAGAUUCAAUGGAAUAUCCAUAGAAGCAGGUUUCCGUCACCAAAACAGAUCGGCGAGAAACUUUACAACAAAGCCGUGAAAUAUGUUGACCUUGGCUUUGGUUACGUGAGGCGAGCCAUACCGUUGUUGAAGCAAGCCAGUUGUUAUGACAACCACGACGCCAUGUACAUGUUAGCGACUCUACUGAACAAUGGGGUGAAGGUCAAGGCUGACGAGCCACAGGCUCAGGCUUACUUGAUGAAGGGUUGUUUGGAGAAACAUCGUCUCUGUUGUCUCGCCCUCGCACACAAACACAGAUACGGACUAGACGGAGUUACACAAGACCUGGAGCAGGCCUUUAUGUAUUACAAGUACGUGGCAGACACUGUCAGAAUGGACAAGGAAGCUCACAAAGAGACAGAUGUGCUAACAGAGUCGGUAAGACUGACAGACGAAGAACAAUUACGGGAACAGACGGACGAGGACGGAGACGUGUUCCAGUGGCUAAAACACCAGGCUAGCAAUGGCGUCUUCUCUGCACAGCAACACAUGGCGCGUGCGCUGUUUUGGGGCUCCCAGGGUUUGAAACGGAACAUGGCGGCUGCAACAGAGUACUUCCGGUUAGGAGCGGAGACACAGGAUCCUCAAGCUAUGUAUGACUAUGGAAUUAUUCUGCUCAAGGGUCAGGGAAGCAAACAGAACAAAACUGAGGGUCUACAACAUAUCCAGGCCAGCGCUGAGAAGAGAAAUCCGGCGGCAUUGAACGCUUUGGGUUGGUACGCUCAUAACCACGAGAAAAAUAUAACCGCAGCAGUUUACUACUUCGAGAAGGCUUUCAAAAGCGGUAAUGCAGACGCCGCUUACAAUCUGGGCUUAUUUCAUCUGAAUGGAGAGUACCCGGGGAAGUCUAAGGAUUCCGAUACCGCCCUAGAUUACUUUAAUUACGCAGCUACCAGAAACCAGAUCGAUGCGGGUGUGUUCGUUUCCUACCUAAAUAUGAAGGGCACAUUACUGCGCAGUCGCCAGGUGUAUGUGGCUACUGAGUGGGCAAGAUUCAUUGCUGAGAAAAAUCCUGCUUUGGGAUUUGUUCUGAGGAAAGGAUUAAAAGCUUUCAGAAACGGUGACAAACCAGUGGCCCUUCUGUAUUAUAUGAUGGCAGCUGAAGCUGGAAUAGAGGCCGGCUCAUUUAACCUGGCCUGGCUGUGCGAGGAAAAUCAGGAUGGUAUUGUCAGUUUUAUAGAGAAGGAAUGUCAAUGGCGUCAGUACAACAUCACAACUCGAAGAGAACAACAAUUUGUUGAUCCAUAUGCUUUAAUAAAGAUGGGAGAUUACUAUUGGUACGGCUGUGAAGGAUACCGAGAUCCAGGGAAAGCUGCUGACCUGUACUCUCUGGCUGCCCAGAAAAAUGACCCUCAUGCAAUAUUCAACCUUGGUUUGAUGUUGGAGGAAGGAACACAGAUACAUCCGUCAGUAUGGAAUUCACUUUACAUCUCCGAGGCGGAUCAGAGCAAUAAUUAUACACUGCUUACGACAAUCUAUAGGAAAUGCAGGGAUUCUCCUAAAACCGAGGCUUUUCUGCCAUGUUCUAUGGCUCUUUAUCGAGUACAGGUUCUGGAGACUUGGAACAAAUACAGCAGCAUUAUACAGGUGGUCAGUUUUGUGUUGUCCGGUGUGGUGACCGUCAUCAGUUUUCGUCAUAUUAUCCAGUCCUUAAGAGAAAAUCAGCGUCCUGUAGAACUAGAUAUACUCUGA